AUGCUCAUCAAUGGGGAGAAAUUCGCCUGCGAGGCGUGUGUGAGGGGUCAUCGCGUGAGUUCUUGCCACCAUCAAGACCGUCUCCUCGUCCACGUCAACAAAAAGGGUCGUCCCGUGUCACAAUGCCAACAUUGCCGAGGCCUGCGAAAGUCUCGCUCGCAACAUGUCAAGUGCGAGUGCCACGACAAGGGCCAUUCCAAAGAGAACUGUCCUCACGACAAGCAUGAUGGAAAACAUGACCCGCAGACCUGCUGCUGCCAACAUGGCUCGCGUUGUAACUGCUCCCUGAAAAAAGAGCCACACCUAGACACAGUUCCCGAAGAUAUACCACAGUACAUCCAGCCAAAGGACCACCCCAAGCAAUGGCAUAACAAAAAUGCCCACGAUCCUAAGACGACCAUUUUUACAAACGGCCAUCACAAACCGGUCCACAGGUUUAACGACGCCCAUAACCAGCUUGGUACACCAUACAAAAUCCCGUCCAGGUCGAACUCGCUCCACGGCCAGCGGGAGCUCGCUCAACGUUCCACCGACAACCUUCUACUGACUAAAUCCGCCAGACCUUUCCACGAGUCACCGCUACACAAUUCGAUUACGGAGGCUAUGCAGAUCGUGGAGCGCAAGGUCCGCUCCGAGCAUAACUCACCUGUACUUGGGCCAACGAGAAUGGCGGGGCAGGCUCCCCUGUCUGACUUCAAAAUCCCGAACUUCGACCCACGCUCCUACGCCUACUCCCCAUUCAGCGCAGAUACGCCGCCCUCUCAAACUACCAGCAUCGCGAACAGUCAAAACCCGAGCCAGCAAGAUCUCACUCUGCCGGAGACGUUUCCGGACAACUGGUUCAUGACCUACGAUCAGGCCCAUCAAUACGAGCCACCAGCCUGGUCAAGAAUCAACGACGGAUCCUCAGUUGAUUGGACCAACCUCAGCCUCGAUCUCAACAAUGGUAGUAACAAUAACAACAUGUAUAAUUUGAACCCCAUCAGCAAGGGGAAUUCCCCGUAUCUGAUGUCCCAGCCCCCUACGUUCCAGCAUUCUCACUCGGAUUUGGCCAACCAGAUCCACAGGGUAGGGAUCAGCCCUUCGAGCGGAGAGCACUCUGAAGCCGAAGAGCCGUCUCCGAAUUCUAACAUCAACGGCUGGAACAACGAUCGACCUAUGAGCAAUGAGCUCAGCAGUCCUGGCGGAGAUGACGCUUCCGAACAUCAUCGGCUCAGCUCGGCCUCGUCUUAUUUCGGUACUCCUCAAGCGAGCAUGCUGGCCGAUGACGACCUCGGAAGUCUCGCCAUCGACGAUUUCCUGAAACAGGCCGAAGCAGAGACGAAAAGGAUGCAGAUGCAAAAUCAGCUGGCACAGAUGCAGAUGAACCCACAGGAUGCCGAGCAGCCUUCGCGUUUGUCCAGUGUGAGUCGGGGAUUGACGCCGAGCAUCUCCACGCCCGGAAGUACAGGAACUGGUGAACACUCCUAUACGGUCAAAGAAGCCAUGAGAUUUGCACACCCUGAUGUGAUUCCUUAUGAGCCGGUCCAGCAGCCGAAGACCGAGGUACCUCCCGCCUUUAUGGCAGACGAUCCGUCGUGGUCAGCCGCCCCUGACAUGUCCGACCCCCGAUUGGUCUUGGACGAUGAAAGAGAUGACGAGAAUUGGGUCCGGUAG